CUUCCAACCACCCUCAACGUGCCACUGUGCUAAUUCUUCACUUUUGAAUCAAUUUUCAUCACCACCUUGUCACCAACAUCACCUUUUCAUCACUCUUCAUCUCCAAACUGUUCAUUGGACGCGUGUCGCGUCUUUUCGACCUUGUAAUCAGAAGUCAUCGCAAUUUCUCUUGCUGUACUUGACCGAUAGAAUCCUUGUCCCCCAACUGUCGCAGAUCAACCCUCUUGUGGAGGUGCAGGCUUGUUCUUGCCAUCUGGACUGUAGACUCUGUCUUCUGAGUUGCAAAACUCCUCAUCAGGACACUCGUUUCUUCUCGUUCAUCAUUUACCUCACAUCACCGCCGUAUCUGGCCGCUGUCUGUAACCUCACCAUCAACACAUUGGACAACACUUGCCAACAUUAGACACACCCGCGGUCAUCUCAGCUUGAGGCAUUGAUCAAGAGUUUGAGGAUUUGUGAGGCGCACUUGACAACACUUUGACACGCGUGGCGUCCUGUAGGCGGGGUAGCACAUCAUGUCGUCUGCGGUGGCAGAACUGGACGCAAUCCUGCAGUCUAUGUUGACUCUCAAACCUCCAGGCGUUUCCGGAUCUAAGAUCAACACCAUCACAACCCUCUGUACCGCGAACAUCCAAUCCGAGUCAGUCCUCAUCCAAAAGAUCUACACACACUUCAAAAAAACACCAGGAACACACAAGCUAGGGGUACUCUAUGUUGUAGAUUCAGUAUCACGGCAAUGGGUAGAUCAAGCAAGAAAAGCCGGCCAGCAGUUGGGUAGCGGGGCUCCAGAUGGAACCUUUGCUGCUGGCGUAAGUCAUGUGACUGAAUUGCUCCCCGUACUCAUGAACGACAUCACCCAUGCUGCUCCAGAAGAUCAAAAGGCCAAAAUUAAGAAGCUGGUGGAAAUCUGGGAACGCUCCAAUACCUUUCCAGCCCCGCUCCUUGCUUCGAUCAAAGAAAGACUUGACGCUCCUAAAGUUUCAACCACCCCAGAAGGAUCUCCGUCGCCAGGCUUCGUCCCUCUCGGUCAGCAGAAUCCCUCUAACACAUUUGCCUCUGCGCAGCCAGCACGGCAGCAAGACACAUCUGCAAUCCUGGAGGCCCUGAAGAAUAUGGCAAAACAGAACGCUGUGUCGCAGCCCCCUCCCAAUCCCACGGCUACCCCACAAGCUAGUUUGAAUAAUCUGUUAAGCCCGCAAAGUGGAAACGUACAGCCCAACAGUACCGUAAACCCAGGCGCUUCUCUUACUCCUGCCAACGGCCAGGCUGUAAACCCAUUGGGGGCUUUAUUUGCUGGGUUGAAUAAUGGUGUUCAGACACAAAGUCCUGCAAACGUACCUCCAAAUCCACUUGCUGCAUUCUUGCCUCAACCGCAAGUACCUGCUCAAAUGCCUCAAAAUGGGGCCCCGACUGGUGCGGAUGCCCAAGUUCAAUUGCAACUCCUGCAACUUCUCGCUGCUCAAGGCGUUCCUCCUGACCAGUGGACCACCGCAUUGCAACUGUUGCAAGGUGCAAAUGCUGGCGUGAACAAUGGCACUGCUUUUCCUUCGUCAAUGCCGGGUGCCAACAGUUGGGGUGCACAAGGCGACCAGUCACGUGAUGCACACACCCGGUCACCCCCGGGCCAGUUCCGACGUCGGUCUCGUUCGCCCGGAUAUGACAGACGAAGAGAUCUUUCUCCGCGACGACGCCAUGAUAGUGAUGCCCGUAAUGACCGCGAUGGUAGACGAGGCAACGAUUAUCGUCAGCGAAGCCCCAAUGGAAGGCGACGCCGCUCUCCCUCGCCCCCCCAGAACCAAUCCCUCCCACCCCCGGGUCCCAAGAAUGUCAUCAAAGACCCAAGUCUACCCAAAGGACAUAUCAAAGUCUUUAGCCGAACUCUCUUCGUCGGUGGCGUAACCUCAUCUGAGGCCCACCUGCGCAAUUUGUUCUCACGAUAUGGCGUCGUCCAGACAUGUAUCGUCAACGUUGACAAACGCCAUGCAUUUGUCAAGAUGAUCAACCGCCGCGAUGCCGAGAGUGCACGCAACGGCAUGGAAGAAUAUCGAGAUGGUGACACACAACUCCGCACCAAAUGGGGCGUUGGAUUCGGACCUCGCGACUGCAGCGACUAUCAGACGGGCAUUAGUAUCAUUCCAAUCGAAAGAUUGACAGAUGCCGAUCGCAAGUGGCUCGUGACGGCCGAAUAUGGGGGUACCGGCGGGCUUCCCAUUGAGCAAGGUUUGGUGGUUGAGGAGCCUGACAUCGAAAUCGGAGCCGGUGUAUCAUCCAAAGCGAUGAGCCGACGUAUUGCCACAGACCAGGGAGGAAGGCGUGGACCUCAAUCGUCUCGAGACAACAGAAAUGACCAUCGCGACGACAAAAACCCCAACAACAUCCCAUUCCCCAUGAAUUUUGGAAACAUGACGAAUGGAAUGCCCACGUUCCCAUUUCAGUUCCCCUUCCAGCAGAACCAGUGAAAUGAAUUGAUGAGUUCAAGUGGCUCAUGGGUUUGAGCAGAUCGGCAGGCCAUUGCACCUUCACAUUUCGCCUAGGACGAUUAUUGAUACCCCUUGUAAAGGACUGGACAUUUGCAUGACUUGGCGCUCCGCCUACCGAUCAAUGGUGGCACACUCGCCUGGGAGUUAUGGGUGAUUCUUAGGAUGUUUGUUAUUGCAAUGCAAGGAGAAUGCGGAGUCGGCGAAUUCAGCGCAGGAUAGUCGAAGCUGCUGGUUCAGACAAGGCGGCUGGAAAGGCCAUUCAUUUUUGCACCCGAAUUGAAUAUUUGAUUGUUGAUUGA